AUGUCUUACGAUCGGUAUUUAGCGAUAUGCAAACCUUUGCACUAUGCAACGCUUAUGAAUGGCAGAUUCUGCUGCCAGCUAGCAGCUGGGUCAUGGAUAAAUGGAUGUCUGGCUAUUGCCAUCAUAACAUGCCUUAUGUUACAACUAAAUUUCUGUGGUCCCAAUGAAAUUGAUCAUUUCUUCUGUGAAUCCACACAAAUAAUCAAUCUCUGCUGUACUGACACCUACCUGAUAGAGCUUGUCAUUACAAUUCUGGUUAUUCUAUUCACCCUGCCUCCAUUUGCAUUAACCGUGGUGUCCUACGUUUGUAUCAUCUCCACUAUCCUGACCAUCCCUUCCACCACUGGCAGGCAGAAGACAUUUUCCACCUGCUCCUCGCACCUCAUUGUGGUGACAAUCUUCUACGGGACGCUAAUGAUCGUGUAUCUGCUGCCCAAAACCAACACACUCAGAGACCUCAACAAAGUGUUCUCUAUCUUCUAUACAAUCCUGACCCCUAUGACCAAUCCCUUCAUAUACAGCCUGAGGAACAAAAAGGUGAAGGAGGCGCUGAGAAAAAUUGUCUGUAAAUGUGCAGAUUUUAGAAGAAUUCCUAACUGA